CAGUUACUGCAGCUCGAGAGCGAAACGACUGCGGUUAUUCAGUUACAGUGAACAAUGUUUACCGAUAUAAAUAAAUAUGCAUACCUUUUAUUCGUCAUCCUUGUCAAAGGCAAUAUACAAUGUCCAAUCGACAAGGCAGAAGAUGCCAAGGUGGCCUACAAAUCAGGCGAAAUACCGGACCAGAGUCCUUUGAUAACUAUAGACACAAUUAAGGACAAAUUGAAAGAGAAAGGUAUAUUCGACUUUCAAGAUCAAAGCAUUAAUGAGCGCGAGAAAAAGGAACUUAACAAGUUAUUCAACGCUAUCGAGAUUAUGACAACAUCCCGUAACCGACAGCCAUCUAACGCUCAAAACAUAUUCUCGUCACUGCGCGUAGUCGAGAGAGCUGUGAAGAAACAAUUCAAGGAGGGGCAGAUAUCGGAGAGUUUAGCUUCCAAAUUCAAAUGGGAGAAACUGUCAUCUCGCCAGAAGCGUGAGAAAUCUCAUUACCAUUUGGACAAAAGAACCAAUAUGAGAAUAUUUGAUACCGAACAAUAUUAGUUCGUAUUACGUAGGUCGCACGAUACAUUUUUCUAUCUAAAGCAAAAUGGAAUAAACCAAUAUAUACUUAAUUUAAAUAUAUUUUGGAAAUACACGAUUUAUUUUA